AUGGAUUUCUUCCAGUCAGCUGAGCUACCAAGAGAUUCUAAUGUUACAUGGGUGGCUCUGACUCUGAAGUUUGUGGGAGCAAGGGAGAUUAAAGAUCUUCGGCCGAUUAGCAUGGUAGGGUGUGUGUAUAAGGUCAUUUUGAAGGUGUUGGUGUGGAGAAUGAGAAAGGUAAUGCUAGACUUAGUAGGGGAGACUCAAAGUGUGUUUGUGCAGGGGAGGAAGAUUCAUGAUGGGGCUUUGAUUGCGUGUGAAACUGUGCAAUGGUUGAAGCAAAGAAAGAAGAAAUCGGCAAUAAUCAAACUGGACUUUCAAAAAGCUUACGAUAGAGUCAAGUGGAAGUUUGUGGAUAUUGUACUUCAGAAAAUGGGCUUUGGGCAAAGAUGGCGAGGGUGGAUCAAGGAAUGUGUGUGCACGGCGUCUAUGUCACUUUUGAUAAAUGGCUCACCUUCGAAAUCUUUUAAGAUGGAAUGGGAUUUACGACAAGGGGAUCCUCUUUCUCUGUUUCUUUUUGUUCAUGUUGUUGAGUUCCUUUAUAGGAUGGUAGGAGAGGCAGUAAGACAUGGAAGGAUCUCUCCUUUGUUGGUUGGAAAAGACAAUAUUGAGUUGUCUCACUUGCAAUUUGCAGAUGACACAAUACUUUUUUGUCCCCCGGAGGAGGAGACUAUUUGCAAUUAUAAGCGGCUUCUACGGUAUUUUGAGAUGAUAUCUGGCUUGAGUAUUAACUUUGAUAAAUCUAGCUUGAUUCCGAUUAAUUGCGAGCGAGAGUGGUCACAAAGGAUGUGUAGCUUGUUGGGGUAUAAAGUAGAAGAGAAACUCAAUCUGUGGAAAGCCAAAACGAUUAAUAAAGCUGGUAAGCUGGUACUCAUCAAAUCUGUGCUUAAUAGUCUGCCGGUUUACUACCUUAGCUUAUAUAAGAUGCUCAGAGCAAUAGUAGAUAAGUUGAUAUCUUUGCAGAGGAGGUUCUUGUGGAGUAAUGAGGACGGAAUGGAUGGGGAUGUAUUUCCAAGGCUUUUCUCAGUUUCAAACCAAGUUUUAAUUGGCUAUCAUGUGGCUUUGCAAGCUGAGACUCUCCCGGAGGACAUUACGAGUUAUAGUUUCACUAGAUCUAUAUGGAGAGGACUAGUACCACAAAGAGUUGAGCUAUUCACCUGGUGUAGUGUGCUUGGUUAUAUGCCUAUAAUAAACUUUGAUCUAUUCCAGGAACCAUUAAGCAACACUUUGAGAGUAGGACAGGAGCUCUUGUAA